AUGAAAACAGAGGAGAAGGAGAGCGCACAGUGCGGAGAGGAAGACAAACGGGAGACAUUGCACAGUGCGGAGAUGAAAGGAGCGCGACAAAGGAAAUGGGGGGACUGCACGGUGCGGAGAAGAAAGGGGCGCGACAAGGGAAGGGGGAGACUGCACAGUGCGGAGAUAAAACGAAAGCGACAAAAGGGGAGACAUUGCACGGUGCAAUGGAAAGAAGAGACUUGGUGCGACAAAAAGAAGAGACUGCACGGUGCGGAAAAAAGAAGAGACUGCACGGUGCAAUAG